GUGUGUCUGGUGGGGGCAAGGCGAGAGAGGAAAGAAACUGUGCUUUCAUUGAGAAAAAAAACAAAGCGUGAUGGCCAUUCCGCCAAACAUGUCUCCCAACGACCCGACUGAUGAAAUCUAAAAUUGAUGGAUCGAUUUAGCGCCGUUGGGAACCCUACUACAACAUUUGCACGAUGAUCUUAAACCAAAAAAAGAUUUUAAACGCUGCUCACGCUAUUCGCUCCUCUUCACAGGAUAACGGUAUUGCAACUUGCAAACGGGGUUUGGGGGGAAAAGGGGAUUGUUUCAAUGACAACUUUAUUGGAGAUGUGAUUUGGGUUUAAACUUUAUUCACUGCCAAUCACCGACAACUUUAAGCUGAAAACUUUUUAAAUGGUUUGAUUUCUCUGCUGAUCCACUUUUCCUAUGAUUUAUUUUUGAAAAUCUCUCAAUUAAAACAUUCCGAUUUUGAAGAAAGAGACAAAUCAAUCAUAGAAGUACUGCCGCUGCAAUCAAUCAUAGAAGGAAGAACGAAUAAGGAAAAUAAUUCAAUUCAGAGGAAAAACACGCCGACCUUUCAGAUUUUCAUCAAUUAACGGCUUUGACAACAUUCUUACAUUUUGUUCAUUUUCAAAUUUCGUACGUACUUUUUUACCCGCCUCUCCAUUUUCCAAUUUUCAGGAUGCUUUCGAUAGUAUACUUGUUUGACUACAGAUGGCAUUUUGUCGCCAUUGUUAUUAUUGGCGCGCUGGCACGAAGACAGUAGACAGCGAUUCCGUUUUGUGUCGAGUGUCUCGUGGCACUUUGUCAACUCUCAACACACCAAUCAGUCAAUCUCUCAAGUGGUCAACAUUCAGAAAUAUCAUAAUGAUUCCUGAGCUUGCCAAACGUCUUGGAGUUACUUCGGACAAAGCAAUUAAAAAAGCCCAGGAAUACGAACGAUUACUUCAUCUGAAAACGGCAGCAUCUGGAUUUCACAUACAAGGAACAACACAGAUGGUGGUGUGUUUAGAUCUAGCUGCCUCAGCUGAAAAUCAAACUGUGGAUAAAGAUUUAUCUCUUAAACUGUCUGGCCUUAAGAACUCUGCCUACAGGGCUACAAAACAGACAAUUAAACAAGUUUUAGGUUUAAAUAAAGAUGUAACUAUCAAGGAUGUUUGUGUUCAACUGGGCUGUCCUGAAAUAGUCAGUGAUGCAGAGAAUUUGCUUGCCAAAUACAGUCAACAGAGUACUACUGGUCUUCAGGAGAACAUGGAUCAUCCUGGAUUUAAAGCUGCUGCAAUCAUGUCAAUAAGCAAAGUUAAGAGAAUGGGUGUUGAUAAAGGAAGACUACAUGAAUUGAGCGGUUUGAAGAAAUCGGUGUUUGACAAACUUGUACUUUCCAUGGUUACAUUGGGUAAAGAAAUGCAGAAGGAACAGGUUUCUAAACCGAAAACUACAAAAAGAACUCAUAGUUUCAUUGAAGUCGUCGAGGCAAAAGCUGCAGCUAUGGAUGAAGAGAAACGCUUAUAUGACGCGGAACAAGAGCUUCCUGAAAUCGACUUUGCCUCCUGGAAACGACGCAUGCUAGAAGAAGCAAAUAAGGGCCAGUAACAACAUAUCUCGUACCUUGGUUUUUCUUAAUUCAGAGGUUUGGAUGUACAUAUGUGAAUCUUGUCAAUUUUACUUGAUUUCUCACUAACGAACGAUAAUUUUUACAUUGAAAAUAAAGGAGUUUUUGAAGGAAA